AUAUCUUCAGGUGAAUGUAAUGGUGAAUCAAGCAGACCACAAAAUUCUGUGAAGGGGCUCAGCAACGUUCAGCCUUCAAGUUCACUUAAUAAACAGAAUGAAGUGGAGGCUGUAAAAGCAGCAAAUGAUAGUUUACCAGCAUCUUUAACUACUCCUACAGAGAAUGGAUGUACUGAUAAUUAUAAAAAUGGUUAUGCCCAUAGUAAUGGCGUGAAAGAGGCGACAACGGAUAAUAUUGAUGCAGCUUCAUUACCUUUAUUCAAUAACGAAGGUGGUCUCUCCAAUCAAUUUCCAAGUCUGGAAUUGCAGAACAGAGAGCAGAAUGGUCGUGUUGAUGAUUUAUCAGCUUCUAAGGUAAAGGGGGAACUACAGAAGUGUUUGAAUGGGCCUGUUACAGUUUCUACGGUCUUGUUGCCUCGUGGUUUAAUCAAUUCGGGGAAUCUGUGCUUUCUCAAUGCAACGCUACAGGCUCUUUUAUCCUGUUCUCCUUUUGUUCAGCUUCUGCAGGAAUUGAGAACUCGCAAAGUGCCUAAGGCUGGAUUAGCUCUUGGAGAGUUGCGAAAGGAAAAUAAUUUCCUAAGAAGCCUUUGGCCAGUAACUAAUCCACCUUCAAGUCAAGAACAUCUUUUACAUCCUCAAUUUUUACAGAAGCCUCUCCACCCAUUCCUUGCUCGAGG